AUGGCGUCUACGAGUAAUGACCCAUUGGGCCGGGGGAAAGGCAAGCCCCAGGAUCCCCCUAGGAGUCGUAGCCGUGUGCGAAAUGCCUCUCGAGGCAGGGAUAGAAGACGCCCUGGUACUCAGACUCGGGAUAAGUCGAAGGCCCCUCAGUCCCGUUCCUGGGCUAAUGUAGCUAGUCUGUCUGCUAAGGGUUAUGAACUUGGCUUUGCCCCGCCUAUCUCGGUAGGGAAGAAAUCGGUGGUUCGGUUAUCUGACAAUGCUAAGUUUGCUGGUGAUCCUAAAUGGAAUAGCUGCUUGGUAGGCUACUAUAUCGGGAAGAAUGUGCCAUUCAAGAUUACUGAGAUGGCGUUGAGGAAGGCUUGGGGUGCGCAUCUAACUGAAGUGCUGGCCAACGAGGAUGGCUUUUACUUUUUCAUCAUUCCUGAUGAUGAAUAUAGAAAGAAAAUUCUGGAUGAAGGCCGUAUGACAGUGGCCAGAAUCCCUUUGGUGCUCAAACAAUGGCAUCAUACAAUGGAAUUGAAGAAGGACCUUCAAUCAUCUGUCCCGGUCUGGAUUCGCUUAAAGAACAUCCCAUUCGCAUAUUGGUCGGCUCCAGGAAUUAGUGAAAUAGCAAGUGCUGUUGGGAAACCCUUGUAUGUGGAUCCCUUGACGGAGAAAAUGAAAAGACUAUCAUUUGCCAGGGUCUAUGUUGAGAUCUCUGCAAAAAUGGAGCGAUGCGAGGAAGUUGAAGUUUGGGUGGAUGACAAAACCUUCCUGGUUCCGGUGCUUUAUGAAUGGAGACCGAACUCGUGCAUGAAAUGUGGUGUGUUUGGACACAACUGCCUUGCAAAGGUAGAUGUCAAGCAACCUCCGGUGGCUGCAGUUCAAUCUGCUCCUACUGCAAAUCCAGUUGCUGUAGUUCGAUCUAUGGCUACUGCAAAUCCAGGUUCUACAAACCCAGAUAUAUCAUCCUCUUCGGAUGAAGGGUGGAAGAAGGUCACAAAUAGGAGGAAUAAGCAACCUCAGGGGAAAGAGGCAGCUUCUACUCCUCCAGUCUCGGCAUUAAAGGCCAAUCCGAUAGCUGGGUCGAGGAUCCAUAAUGCAGCUGAAGACCAAAUCUGCAAAAAUCCAGAAAAUGAUGGUAAUUCAAUGGCUCUGGUUGUCUCCAACCCGGAUGAUGCUGCGAUAGCACUUUCUUCUGAGGAAGAGUCAGAGGAAAAUGCAAGUGCUGUUAGUAGUAGUGGUAGCGAGGAAGGAGAUCCUAUUCCUGGUUCGCCAAGCCUCCAGGAUACAUCCCAUCCUAGCCCUAAGGCUCCUCCCAUCCAGAAGGUCCCUCCUAAAGCUUCUGCUAUGGCCACUCCCUCAAGUGCUCCGAAUAUGGAGUCAAGUAGGAGGAGGCCCCCCAGACGACGGUUGCUCUGGUUGGCGUCGGGUAAGGCCCUGUUUUUGUCGGUUGUCUAUGCUGAGCACAGCUUUGUCGCUAGACGGCCUUUAUGGGAAGAUUUUAUCCAAACAAGUAACACUCUUUCUUUUGCUCCCUGGAUUGUUGCUAGUGAUUUCAAUGCUAUUUGUGAUCCUUCGGAUAGAAUUGGUAGCUCAAACGCUUGGAUACCGGCGUUUGAUGAACUGAGGGACUGCUUGACACAGGCGGGCCUUGAUGAUUUACGCUACACGGGUUAUAGAUACACCUGGGCUACCUCGUCGGGUCCCAACCGAAAACAGAGGAAAAUAGAUAGAGUUAUGGUUAAUGGCCGCUGGAAUUCGGAAUUCUCAUUCUCGGAAGCCUCCUUUAUAGCUCCAGGCAUCUCGGACCAUACCCCAAUGGUUAUCAAGGUUAUGCAGGUCCCCAGAUCCUCGAAGCCGUUUAAGUUUUUUAAUUUUUGGAUGACUCAUCCGGAAUUCCUUGCAAUGGUUACUGAAGCUUGGCGUUCUCCCACUUAUGGUUCAUCUAUGUAUACUCUGUAUGCAAAGCUGCGUCUCCUUAAAUGCAAGCUGAAACAGCUCAACAAGGAUUCCUUUUCUGACUUGUCUAUGAGAACCGCUGAGGCCAGACAGGCUCUCCAGUCCACUCAGGAUGCUCUUCAAGCGGAUCCUUCAAAUUAUCUUCUUGCUGAAGUUGAGAAGCAGCAGAUUCAAGUGUUUACUGAUCUACGCUUGCAAGAGGAAUCGUUUUAUCGUCAGAAAUCUAGGUGGCUGAUGGAAACACCACGACCUCUGACCCUUCGAGAGUUCAGAAAAUAUUUGUUGAUCACUUUCGUGAGCUGCUUACUGCGGCUCCUGCUGUGGCGUGUCCUGCAUGGAGGAGAUCCGAGCGGUGCCAAGCAUUCGCUAGAUGAGGAGCAGGUUCGUUUCUUAUCCGCCCCUGUUUUCGAUGAUGAAAUCAAGAAUACUCUGUUUUCUCUUGCCACGGGUAAAGCCCCUGGGCCUGAUGGUUUCAAUGUUGAGUUUUUUAAACACUCUUGGGACAUUGUUGGUGCUUCGGUGAUCUUGGCUGUUAGAGAUUUCUUCAUAACAGGAGAGCUGUUAAAGCAAAUCAAUACUACCAUCAUUGCCCUAGUGCCCAAGAUCCCUAAUGCCUCGACUGUUCAUGACUUCAGGCCAAUCGCAUGUUGCAAUACUAUAUAUAAGUGCAUCACUAAGAUUAUUGCUAAUCGCAUAUCCCGUGUGUUGCCAUCCAUCAUUAGUUUGCCGCAAAACGCAUUCGUAAAGGGUAGGCACAUCAGUGACAACAUUCUACUUGCUCAAGAGUUAUUCAGUGGCUUCCAGCAUGAUCCCUAUAGGCCUAAAUGUGUAAUCAAGGUCGAUUUUAGGAAGGCAUAUGAUACAGUGUGCUGGGAGUUCAUUGAAGUUUGCUUACAAGCUUUCGGAUUUCCUCAGCAGUUCAUUGAACGCAUUAUGGUUUGUGUUCGGUCCCCUAAAUUCUCGGUCUCCCUUAAUGGGGAGCUUCAUGGAUUCUUUGCAAGUGGGAGGGGUAUCCGUCAAGGAGACCCAAUGUCUCCCUACCUAUUCACACUUGUGAUGGAAGUCUUUUCGGGAUUACUGGAUAUUCAGACGGCAAACCUGGCUUUGGUUUCUUCUGGAGAUGCAGGUAUUGACUCUUUCUCCAACUGGAGCGGGUUGGAACCGAAUCUGAAUAAGAGUGAGGUGUUCUUAUCUGGAGGAUCGCCUCGCCUUCGGAAUGAUAUUCUGGACAAGCUUGGAUUCCAGUGGAUUCACUCCACCUUUUUAAGUCGGAAGAACUUCUGGAUAAUCCCGAUCCCAACGUACUGCUCUUGGGCGUGGAGAAAACUCCUUCGCCUCCGUAAUGCUUAUCAGCAGCAUUUUAGAUGGAGGAUUGGCAAUGGCAGGUCUGUAUCGUUCUGGUUUGAUCCCUGGCACGAUAAUGGCCCGCUCAACCGCCUCUUCUCCAACCAGGAAAUUUACCGCUCGGGCAUCCCUCGGGUUGCCUCAGUAGCCGAUGCUUUCUCUUCGCCUUUGGGCUGGUAUGUGAUCAAUAUUAUGGCCAAUUGGUGGGAACCCCUCCCGGAGUUCAACCAACAGGCGGACUGCUUCCAAUGGAUUCGGCACCCCUCAGGGCGGUUCUCAACAGCGUCGGCCUGGGAAUUAUUGAGGCCCAAAGGAAAUUCUGUGCCUUGGUCCUCAUUCGUGUGGAAUUCUUCUAUGCCGCCAAGAUACCAAUCGCACUUGUGGCUCAUCACCCGUAACAGACUCCCAACGCAGGUUCUGCUCCUCUCCUAUGCUAGGAUCUCAGCAGCGCUCUGCCCGUUUUGCUCAAGCAGGCCCGAUUCGGUGGACCACCUGUUUUUCGCAUGCCAAGCUCCGGUUAAUCUUGCAUCCUUCUGGGCUGCGAAGUUUAACAUAUUCUGGCGGAACAAAUCCUGGUGUGAAAACCUCGAUUGGGCGUCCAAUUGCUUCUCAGAUAGGAGCUUCUAUGAUUCGUUGGCUCGGUUCAGUUUUGGAGCCUUGUGCUAUAUAAUCUGGAAAGAGCGUAACAACAUCAUCUUUCGAAAUCAGACUCUAUUCCUCCCGGCGAUGAAGAUGCAUCUCCAGAAGGCGAUCAAAGACAAAGCUUCGACUUUCAAGCGUGUGCAGGAUACCCCGAAGAACAGAAGGCUGCAACAGAGCUGGGACUUGAGUCCGUCUAUCUUCCACGGAUGA